AUGCGCCGAGGUGGUCGAGGUGCGGGAGCAUGGACCAAGUUUAGGCUACUGAUGUGGAAGAAUUUCCUUCAACAAUGGCGACACCCUCUACAAACAGCAACAGAGUUGCUUUUGCCUGUGGCCACUAUGUGCUUGGUUUUGCUACUGCGAUGGCAAAUUGAACCUGAAGUUAGGCCCGUGACUGUAUUUUCAUCUUUCCCAGCCCAUACUUUGAACGAAUCGACCACCAUAUUUCCAGCAAUGAACUUAACGGAACUUUCCAUCGCUUACUCUCCGAAGAGCGAAGUUUUGGAUGAUGUCGUUAGAUCAGCAGUAGCAAAUUUACUGAUAAUUAAUGCCCAUGAUAUAAUAAGGGAUAUCUUGAAUAAUUUUGAGAUUCCAGAAAUAACCCUUCCACCAGAAAUUUCUAUUCCACCAGGAAUAACUCUUCCACCGGAAAUAUCACUCCCACCAGGCAUAACACUGCCACCAGAAAUAUCUCUCCCACCAGGAAUAACUCUGCCGCCUGGAAUAACUUUUCCACCAGGAAUAACUCUCCCACCAGGAAUAACUCUCCCGCCAGGAAUAACUCUUCCGCCAGAAAUUAGUAUACCCGAUCUUGAGAAUUUAAAUAGCACAGUUUAUGAAAUAAUAAAGUCGCUUAUAAGAGUGGAUACAUAUAACAGCAGUGCAGAUUUACAGAGCAUUUAUACUUAUGAAGCAACUACUCGGAGUGUAAUAGCAGCUAUAGAAUUUGACGAUAGCCUUUUCGAUACAACGGAACUACCAGCAAAUAUAAAGUAUUCUAUACGUUUCCCGGAAAGGCCGCGGCACAAUCAGUUCGCUGGUGUGGGUUCACGUACUUGGAGAACAGAUCUCUUGUUUCCAAGUUUUGAACUCCCCGGACCAAGAAGUUCAAAUUCAAAUGGCGGUCGUGAUCCUGGAUAUGUACCUGAAAUGUUUAUAGCCUUACAGCAUAUGAUAUCAACUACGCUAAUAUCUAAGCUGACUGGCGAAUCCAGCUUUAUACCAUUUAAUGUGAAUCUCCAGCGAUAUCCACACCCAGCGUUCAUGCAUGACUUAGUUGUAGAAGCUCUUCAGUUGCUAUUUCCUACGUUUAUAAUGCUCAGCUUCAGCUAUACAGCUGUAAACAUCACUAGAGCAAUCACCGUGGAAAAAGAACUUCAAAUAAAAGAAACAUUGAAAAUAAUGGGAAUGCCAACCUGGAUACAUUGGACUGCCUGGUUUUGUAAACAAUUUAUUUUUAUAUUAUUCGCAGCUGUCUUAAUAGUGAUUAUACUAAAGGUCAAUUGGUUCACUAACGAAGAUGGAUUCAGUGAUUACGCUGCGUUCACAAAUACACCGUGGAGUGUCUUGUUGUUUUACUUAGUCUUAUAUCUGUCGUGCAUGAUAUUUUUCUGCUUCAUGUUAAGCGGUUUCUUUUCAAAAGGUAGUACAGCGUCACUAUUCGCGGGUAUUAUAUGGUUUCUCACUUAUAUCCCGGCGUUUAUGCUGGCAAUGGAUAUCAACAUGUCAAUAGCUGUCCAGAUCUUGACAUGCCUCAGUAUAAAUUCCGCAAUGUCAUACGGGUUCCAACUCAUGUUGGCAAGGGAGAGCACGGGUGGUAUGCAAUGGGGAGAAUUCUUUUCAGCACCAGUAGUAGAUUCUUCGCGGUUGCUUUUCGGUCAUGUGGUUAUAAUGCUGAUAGUGAACUGUGUUCUGUAUAUGGUAGUAGCUCUCUAUUUAGAGCAAGUACUGCCAGGGCCAUUUGGUACACCGAAAAAGUGGUACUUUCUAUUCCAAAAGCAGUUCUGGUGCAGUAACAAGAAGUUAGGCGAAGAACCAGAUAUAGUUAUUCCACAAACACCUCAAAUAACAAAGGAAUCAGACCCCUUGGAUCAUUCGAUUGGUGUAGAAAUUACGAAUUUGACUAAAGUGUUUGGAAAUAAUGUGGCGGUAAACAAUUUGUCAUUGAAUAUAUACGACGAUCAGAUAACUGUUCUGUUAGGUCACAACGGUGCCGGGAAAUCUACAACAAUCUCUAUGUUGACAGGUAACUUACCAGCAACAAGAGGAUCCAUCACGGUGGCCGGCUAUGAUAUGGCGUGGCAUACGAGCGAUGCUCGCUGCCACAUAGGCCUUUGCCCUCAACACAACGUACUUUUCAAUGAGCUUACAGUCAAAGAGCAUCUAGAAUUUUUCUCCCGCCUGAAAGGUUAUAAGGGUGGAAGCGUACGUAAAGAGACGGAUACGCUCAUUGAGAAAUUGGAACUACAGGAAAAGCGUGACUAUCAAGCUCAGGGUCUGUCUGGUGGACAGAAGCGUCGUUUGUGUGUGGGUAUAGCUCUCUGUGGUGAUGCUCGCGUCGUACUUCUCGAUGAGCCAACCUCCGGAAUGGACCCAUCAUCCAGGCGCGCACUUUGGGAUCUCCUUCAGAAGGAAAAGCGAGGUAGAUCCAUGAUCCUCACAACGCAUUUUAUGGAUGAAGCUGAUAUUCUAGGUGAUCGUAUAGCUAUAAUGGCAAAUGGGCAGCUUCAAUGCGUCGGUUCUCCAUAUUUCUUGAAAAGGCACUACGGUGUAGGCUACACUCUGGUCAUAGUUAAAGAUGAAGGCUUUAAGGAAGAUUCAUGUACAGAAUUAAUAAAUAAAUACAUGCCGGGUGUAGUAGUAAAGGAGAAUAGGGGAAUGGAGGUGACGUACAAUUUAAAAAAUGACUUCUCCCACUUAUUCGAAACAAUGCUGAAUGAUCUCGAAAGUAACACCGAUAUUAUAAAAUUUAAAAAUUAUGGUUUACUUGCAACCACAAUGGAAGACGUUUUCAUGUCAGUUGGAUCCGAUUUACACAGGGAAACUGACGAUAUCGAAACAGUUACAGAGUCACUGAGCGAUGAAAACACCCAAUACGAUAUCGAUGCGUCUUCUUUAGAUCGACUGAGGGACGAGGAGUCGCUUAGCGGUAUUCAGUUGGUGUGCCAACACGUAUUGGCGAUCUGGCUGAAGCUAUGGCUGGUGUGGAUCCGGUCUUGGGGCCUGAUAUUAUUGCAGGUGCUCGUACCUACGCUUCUGAUCACUUCGACGCUGGGUGUCAUGCGAUACAUUACUUCUUUUACCCCAACUAUUCAAAGGCGGGCGCUGUCUCUUGCUAGCGGCUACACGGGAACGGAGAGCCUUCUAUUUUUCAAUGGUAGUUCCACGUCGUCUCUCGGCGCCAGGGCGUCUGCUGCUUACGAAAUGAUGAUCAACAGUUUAAAUGCUAACGCAAAAGUCACAAUUGUUAAUGAAACCAUUGACGAUUACUACUUAAAAAUCACUGAGGACCCUAUUGCGAUGGGGAAUAUCCGUCAUCGGGUGCUCACAGGAGCAACAUUUAAUGACGAUUCAGCGACAGCGUGGUUCAGCAACUUCGCGUACCACGAUAUCGCCACAUCACUUGCAGACCUGCACUCUGCUCUCCUUAAAGCGAGGCUUCCUGAUGCUCAAAUUGAAGUGUUCAAUCAUCCCCUAGAAGUUAACUAUAGCGAUCAGACUGAUAUGCAGCUGAUGGUACAAAUGUUGUCCAUGCAACUAGCUGUCGGAAUUGGUUCCAGCUUGGGUAUCGCCAGUGCCGUUUUCGUUAUGUUCUAUAUUAAGGAGCGUGUAACUCGAGCCAAAUUGCUUCAGAAGGCAGCUGGUAUCCAACCAGCCGUUAUGUGGGGUAGCGCUGCCGUCUUUGAUUGGCUCUGGUUUAUGUUGAUCAGUGUUACAGUUGUGAUAUCUUGUGCUGCAUUUGAAGUUAUGGGACUUUCUACUGUUGAUGAAUUAGGCCGUAUGUAUGUUUGCCUGAUGAUUUAUGGAGCUGCGAUGUUACCUCUCAACUAUAUAUAUACGAAUUACGUCGACGGACCCGCGUUUGGUUUCACAGUCAUGUAUUUCAUUAAUGUUUUAAUAGGAAUGAUGGGACCUCAAAUUGUUGACACACUAGCGCACCCGGAGUUACCUGAAAAUACACAAAGGGCAUCAGAGAUUUUAGAUAGCGUAUUGCAAUUCUUCCCACUGUACAGUUUAGUUUCAGCUAUCAGGUCAUUAAACCAGUACGGAAUGACAGUGGGAUCUUGCAUGUACGGUUGCGAGUUAUGGAAGGGGCUAUUGAAUAUCAGUGAGUGCACCUUGCAAGCGAUGUGCGAUUCAUUCUCAGAGGCGUGUUGCGUUCGUGAGAACCCUCACUUCGAGUGGGAGGAACCAGGCGUUCUUCGCUACUUAGUGGCGAUGCUGAUUUCUUGUGCUGUUUGCUGGAUCGUACUCUAUAUAAUUGAAUACCGUCUGCUUCAAAAGGUGUUCAGUUGGAAAAAGGCUCCCCCUCCAUUGGACGAGAGCGCCAUGGACGCAGACGUGUUAGAUGAGAGCAGACACGCGGAGAGUGUCAACGUCAAGAGUCUGUCUGAACACAGUCUAGUGACGCGUUCCCUCUCAAAGUACUACGGGAAACAUCUCGCCGUUAACAGACUCUCUUUCACCGUAAGCGACACGGAGUGUUUUGGUCUCUUGGGUGUAAACGGUGCGGGGAAGACGACUACGUUCAAAAUGCUCAUGGGUGAUGAGACAGUGUCCAGUGGCGACGCCUUUGUCAGUGGAUACUCCGUCCGCAAUCAACUCACUAAAGUCUACGAAAAUAUAGGUUACUGUCCACAAUUCGAUGCUGUGUUCGAUGAACUGACUGGGCGUGAAACACUUAGGUUAUUUGGUUUGCUGCGCGGCCUCCGCUCGCAAUAUUCUGAGGCUCGCACUGAAACCCUAGCAAAUUCACUUGGCUUCACUAAACAUUUGGACAAGAGGGUGCAUCAGUACUCGGGCGGCAACAAACGUAAGCUGAGUACGGCGGUGGCGCUGCUGGGACGGACGCGUCUAGUAUUCGUGGACGAGCCCACUACAGGCGUCGACCCGGUUGCCAAAAGACAGGUGUGGCGGGCGAUACGCAGCGCUCAGCGCGGCGGUCGCGGCGUAGUGCUGACGUCACACAGUAUGGAAGAGUGCGAGGCGCUGUGCACGCGGCUCACCAUCAUGGUCAACGGACAGUUCCAAUGUCUCGGCACGCCGCAACAUCUCAAGAACAAGUUCUCGGAAGGUUACACAUUGAUUGUCAAAAUUCGAUCAAACGUCGAGGAAAAUCAGUUUUUCUCUACGACCGAAGAUAUUUCAGCACUCGUUGACAAAGUGAAGCAAUACAUUGAAAGCAAUUUUGCUAACCCUACACUCAUGGAAGAAUACCAAGGCCUACUAACAUACUAUUUGGCAGAUAGAAACUUAGCCUGGUCCAAAAUGUUCGGCAUUAUGGAGCGAGCCAAGCGGGAGAUUAAUGUGGAGGACUACAGUAUCUCACAGACCACCCUUGAACAGAUCUUUUUGCAGUUUACUAAAUAUCAACAGGAAUCAAUACUGAAAAAUCAACAAUAA